AGAUACUGGGAGGAGCAUAAAAGACUGCUGGGAUAGCCCAGAUGCCCCUGCACUUUCCACUUGCAGCAAUGCAGAUAUAUUUCGCCGAAUAAAUGCAAUGUUGGACAACUCCUUGGAUUUCAGUGGAGUCUGCACCACACCUGUCACAAAAAACAAACGUGACAUCCUGCCAGACUUCCAGGACUCUGAAGAAGCAGUGGCAAGCAGGAUGCUUUUCCCCACGUCCACGCAAGAGUCUUCCCGUGGCCUCCCAGACACCAACGAUCUGUGCCUUGGCCUGCAGUCCCUCAACCUGACAGGGUGGGACAGACCCUGGAGCACCCAGGACUCUGAUGCUGCAGCACAAACCAGCACACAGUCCGUUCUCAGCAUGCUGAGUAACCCUAUCGGGAACGUCCUGGGGAAGCCCUCGCUGGGUUUUCUGCCUCUAGACCCAAUUGGUUCGGAUCUGUCAGAAAAGUUUUCUGCACCGACGCUGAGAAACUCCCGCCUGGACUCCCGCUCCCUCCUGGACUCCCGCUCCAGCAGCCCCUCGGACUCAGACACCAGUGGGUUCAGCUCUGGCUCUGACCACCUCUCAGACUUGAUCUCAAGCCUCCGCAUCUCCCCUCCUCUGCCCUUCUUGCCCCUCAGUGGGGUGUCAAGAGAUCCCCUAAAGAUGGGAGUGGGGUCCCGGCUGGAUCAAGAUCAAGCUGCCCUGGCUGCAGCGUCUUCCUCCCCAGCCAGUGCAUCAAAAAGGUGGCCUGGAGCAUCUGCGUGGCCUUCCUGGGAUCUCCUGGACUCUCCAGAAGACCCCUUCAGUAUCGAAAGAGAAGCCAGGCUUCAUAGGCAAGCAGCAGCUGUGAAUGAAGCAACCUGCACCUGGAGUGGGCAGCUGCCUCCCCGAAACUACAAGAACCCUGUCUACUCCUGCAAAGUGUUCCUGGGAGGAGUCCCGUGGGACAUUACAGAAGCUGGACUGAUCAACACCUUCCGUGUGUUUGGCUCACUGAGUGUGGAGUGGCCUGGUAAGGAUGGCAAACACCCACGCUGCCCUCCCAAAGGUAAUAUGCCUAAAGGAUAUGUCUACCUGGUGUUUGAAUCUGAGAAAUCUGUGCGUGCUCUGCUCCAGGCAUGCUCCCAGGACCUGUUGAGCCCUGAUGGGCUCAGCGAGUACUACUUCAAGAUGUCCAGCCGCAGGAUGCGCUGCAAAGAGGUGCAGGUGAUCCCAUGGGUACUGGCAGACAGCAACUUCGUGCGCAGUCCCUCGCAGCGGCUUGAUCCCAGCAAGACUGUGUUCGUGGGGGCUCUGCAUGGGAUGCUGAACGCGGAGGCCCUGGCAGCUGUCAUGUACGACCUGUUUGGAGGGGUGGUCUACGCUGGCAUCGACACGGACAAGCACAAGUACCCCAUCGGGUCUGGCCGUGUCACCUUUAACAACCAGCGCAGCUAUCUGAAGGCAGUGACCGCUGCGUUUGUGGAAAUCAAAACUACCAAGUUUACUAAAAAGGUUCAGAUAGACCCGUACCUGGAGGACUCCAUGUGCCAAGUCUGCAAUGCCCAGCCUGGCCCUUUCUUCUGCAGAGACCAGAUCUGCUUCAAGUACUUCUGUCGCUCCUGCUGGCACUGGCAGCACUCCAUGGAGGUCCUGCGUCACCACCGCCCGCUGAUGCGCAACCAGAAGAACAGAGACUCCAGCUAAAGCGGCCGCCGAGGCUCGGGGGCUGCCGCAGGCGCAGGAGAAAGUCCUUUUGUGAACCUGCCAAGUGGAGAGCGCACGAGCGUGCCUGCUGGUGCCAGACCCAGGCUGGGAACGUGCUUCCUGAGGACUAACGGGGAAAAAAAAAAAUCUUACAUUCACGUUUGCACUUGCUGGUCUUUUUGUUUCUGCACUAAUGCACAGUGAAUUUUGUCGGGUUUUGUUAGGGGUUUUUUGAGGGGGGGGAGCGCCCCUCAAGCGAUUCUGCAGUUCCCAGACUUUGGUUCCUAGUUUGCUGACGAGAAGCAAAAAAAAAAAAGGGCCACGUGUUGAGAAGGUGUUUAUGCAGAUGCCUUCACCUAGGUUUUUUAUUUAUUAAAGGCGCUUUUUUACAUUCCUUGCAAUACUGAUGGUAAUAAUGCAGGUCUCAUUGGCUCCAUUUUUUUGCAGUUGCCAUACAGUGCCUUUCCAUUCAUUUAACCCCCAUCUGAACGGCAUAAAAAACUGAAUGUUCAGCUGGCGUUUUUUACUGUAACAACAAGGAGACUUUGCUCUUCAUUUAAACCAAAUCAUAUUUCAUAUUUUACGCUCGAGGGUUUUUACCAGUUCCUUUUUACACUCUUAAACAGUUUUUAAGUCGUUUGAAACGAGAGAUUUUUUUCUUUCCUGGCAGCUUUUAACAUUAUUGCAAUUUGUGUCUGGGGGCUGCUGGUGGAAAGUUGUAAAUCGAGGGGUUUGCAACAGAACAGGACGGGCUUUUUUUGGAUUUGAAACUGGACCGGAUAAAUGAUCUCUGAGCUGCUGUAUAUAGUUUUAAAUAGUUUGUUGCACUUUUUUAAGUUGCACUUAAGGGGGGUUGAUAGAGGUUUUUAAUCACACAAAGUCACAGGACUUAACUUUUCUUUUGUAACUAGCUAAAAAAGGGCUGCAUUUCGGUGGACAGAUGAAGGUUCAUAGGAGCCCUUUCUCUUAGAGGGGACAAGUACUUUUCCUUUCCUUUCCAAAAUGUAUGGAGUAAUGGUGCAGUCGACUGAAAUGCUGCUGCUGGGAUUUGAGAACUUUAAUUUUUUUUUUUUACUUUCCCCUCUAUUGGAA